AUUUUAGUGCGUCUCAAACCAUCCGGUAAAAUGGCGCCUUUGCUUUGUCUCCACUGAAAAAAAGGAGGUUUGCUUCAAUAUUUUAACAUUUUUCUAAAAUGACAAAUUACUGAGAAUUAUUUGUUUUACAUCUCCGGGACGACGUGCCAAGAACUACACGUGUUUCAGUCAUUCAAUAAAUGACAAGAGAGUACAGUUAAAUGAGUAGAACCUCAGCUGAAUCUACAGACCAAAUGAUGGAGCAGGAAGUAGGUCAACUUCCGAUUACAGACCAGAUGGAGGAGGAGGAGGAGCCUGGGAGCUCAGCAGAGACUGAGAGACCCUCUUCUUCUCACACCAAGAGGAAGCCUGCUGUUACAGCCAAGCACACCGGAGGGAAUGAGUCUGACACCUCGGACGAGAGUGGACAGGAAGAUGGCGCCUCUGACAACCCCUCAGAUGGCAUGUUGGUGGUACGGCCUGGGACUGACAACAAGGAGAGCAGAGGAGCCAUGAAGCUGGACCUCUCAAGGAAAAAGACAGAUACCACUUUGCAGGAGAGGAUAGACUGCACCGCCUGUGGACAGCAGGUCAACCACUUCCAGCGCCACUCAGUGUUUGAGCACCCGAUGCUCCAUGUGCUCCUCUGCAAGUCGUGUUAUAAGUAUUACACCAGCGAUGACAUCAAUAAAGACGAGGACGGAAUGGACGAACAGUGCAGGUGGUGUGCUGAAGGUGGCAACCUGAUCUGCUGUGACUACUGCCACAACGCCUUCUGUAAGAAGUGCAUCCUGCGUAACCUGGGGCGCAAGGAGCUGUCCAUGAUCACCGACGAGGACAGUAAAUGGUCCUGCUAUAUCUGCAGCCCUCAGCCUCUCUCAGACAUCGCCUCCAACUGCUCCAACAUCUUGACCAAGCUGGAGAGCUUCUGGCGCACGGGACACAAGAAAGAGAGGAAGGAGGUGAAAGGGCACAGAAAGGGUAAAGGUCACCACCACCAUGGUAAAGCUGUGGUGAAUGGUAAGGAGCAUUCAGACGGGUCAGGGACCCUCACCUUCUCCUAUAAGACCCUGAAGGUCCCCAAGGAGCUGGUGAAGAGGACCAAGAAGCUGAUUGAGACGACCACAGGGCUCAACAACACCUUCAUCCAUUUCAUCCAGCAGGCUGAGGAGGAGCAGGGAGUAGGAGGAGGUGGCAGCGGGACCAGACACCUCAAGGCCUUCAGGUCUGUUCUGGCUGAUCUGAAGAAGGCCCAUGCUGCCCUAGAGGAGGACUUGGAGUCACAGUUCACUUCCCAGGACCAGGGGAUGCAGAACGGGGAUGCUGUUUCCAACACCGACGGCCAUGAUGGCCACGAUCAGAUUGACAACAUGGUUGAUGGACAGGAGGCAGAAGAGGAUAAAAUGGCCGACACUGAGGAUGGGGAGGAGCUAGAGGAGGAUGGGGGCUUGUCAGAGGACGCAGAGAUGGAGGGGAGCCCCGCCCCCGCGCCUCAGGACCACUCGGACACAGAGACAGACAGCCAGGCCAAAGACCAGACAGCAGUGGAGGAGGAGGAGGAGGAGGAGGAGGAGGAUGAAGAAGAAGAAGAAGAAGAAGAGAAGGAGGAGGGUGACCGGGAUAAAGACAUUGUGUCCGUCGGGCCGGCCGUCCCUGACGAGCUCUUCCAAAUGGUAGAGAGUCUGGCGGACUCCACAGGGUUAACGCCCGGCAACAACGCCAUGGAAAGCACUGCUGCUAGCCAAUCCGAGAGCCCCGCCGCCGGCUCAAACAGGAAGUCACUUGAAACCCAUAAGGAGAAGGCCAUGCCCAAGGUGAAGAACCUGAUCGUGAAGCUGACGCCCGUUCCAGUGGUUACCACACGGAAGGAGAAGGAGAGGAGUAAGGAUGGAAGGAAGGAGAGGAGUAAGGAGGAGGUGGAGGAAGGUGGGGGCUCUGAGGAGGACAGCCGCCGCUCCAGCCGCACAAAGACUACACCCCUCAGGAAGUCACCGGACGGGAAGAACAAGAUGCAGGAGCAGCAGAGCAAUGCCUCAUCCAAGGUGACCGCUGAUCCUUCUAAACAAGAAGUGGACUCUGACGAGGUUCUGGACAUCCUGCUCCAGACUGCAGCGGCAGAACACAGCUCGGACGAGGAUGAGGAGGAGAAUGACAAGGUGAAGACUGACAAGAAGCUGGCGGCCAAACGCAAACUGAAAGCCGACGAUUCAGACAACUCAGAGUCCGACUCAGACGAAGACGCGAAGAAGAAGAAGAAAAAGAAGUCCUCAGCUUCUGCCAAAAAGACAUCCAAGAAGAAGGGCUCGGACGGCUCCUCCGACUCGGACCUGGAGAUGAAGGGACUUAGCAAACUGGCGACGGGGAAACGGAGGAGCAGCCGUGUGAAGAAGGAAAGAGAGGAGAAGGAGAACAAGGGCGGAGAUCGGAGGCGGUCGUACGAACUGAAACGCAAAGCCAGAAGUAGAGGAGCCAAGCAGCAAGAUUCAUCGUCUGAUGACGAGGAGGAGGAGGAGGAGGGAGGAGGGUCUGGAGAGGAGAGUGGAGACCAGCAGAAGAUUAAACCCAUCGUGGAGGAGACGGUGGUAGCAGGGAGGGGAACCUUCCACCAGUCCUCAGGAGAUGAAGGUAACCAUGACGCUUCUCAAAUUGGCGAUGAGGAGGACGAUGAUGAUGAUCCAGAGAACAGAAUUGCCAAGAAGAUGCUGCUGGCCCAGAUCAAGGCUAACUACUCUUCAGGAGCAGAGGAGAGCUCUGACGAGGACGGAGAAGAGAAGGAACAGAAGAAGGGGAAGAGAGGAGAGGAGCAGGAGGAGGACGACGAUGAUGAUGAUGAUGAAGGGGGCUCUGGCUCUGAUGUGGACGUGAUGACGAGUGUGGGGCGUCGCCACCGGCUGCUCCGCCACAAACUGACGCUGUACGAAGUGGAGUCGGGAGAGGAGAAGGAGAAACCAGCCAGCAAGGGGAAGAAGAAGGAGACCAAGAGGACCAGACGGAAAGUGGGUAGUGAUGACUCAGCAGACUCAGACUUUAAGGAGUCAGCUAGCAGCAGUGAGUCAGGAGUUAGUGAGGAGAUCAGUGAGAAGGAAUCGUCGUCAGAGGAGGAGUCGGAGUCUGAGAAGGAAGGCAGUAGCCAAAAGAGGACCACGCGUUCCUCCAAGAAUAAGAAGAAGAAGAAGAAGGAGGAGAGGAGCUACGCCCAGAAGAAGAAACGGCGCCGCAUCAAGGCCCAGGAUUCUUCAUCCGACGACAAGAGUGGGUCAGGAGAGGACGGCUCGGGGAAGGAGGAUGGAGACACUCCUAAAGGACAGAGGAAGAAGAUCAGAAAAAUCCUCAAGGAUGACAAGCUGAGGACGGAAACGAGGGAUGCCCUGAAGGAGGAGGAGGAGAGGAGGAGACGCAUCGCUGAGAGGGAACAGCUCAGGGAGAAACUCAGGGAGGUACUCGUGGUGGAGGAGGCGUCCGCUGUGGCUUGUCCAAUCACAACCAAGCUGGUGCUGGAUGAAGACGAGGAGACCAAGGAGCCCAUGGUGCAGGUUCACCGCAAUCUGGUCACUAAGCUCAAACCACACCAGGUCGACGGGGUCCAGUUCAUGUGGGACUGCUGUUGUGAGUCGGUGAAGAAAACCAACAAGAACUCUGGUUCUGGAUGUAUCCUGGCUCACUGUAUGGGCCUGGGAAAAACAUUGCAGGUGGUAACCCUACUCCACACACUACUGCUGUGUGAAAAGUUAGACUUCUCCACGGCUCUGAUCGUCUGUCCUCUCAACACCGUUCUCAACUGGCUCAAUGAGUUUGAGAAGUGGCAGUACGGCUUCAAGGACAAGGAGAGUUUAGAGGUGACGGAGCUGGCCACGGUGAAGCGUCCUCAGGAGAGAGCGUCUGCUCUGCAGCAGUGGCAGGAGGAUGGAGGAAUCAUGAUCAUUGGCUAUGAGAUGUACCGUAACCUCACACAGGGUAGAAACAUCAAGAGCAAGAAACUCAAAGAGACCUUCCAGAAGACCCUGGUUGACCCAGGCCCAGACUUUGUGAUCUGUGAUGAGGGCCACAUCUUGAAGAACGAGGUGUCGGCCAUCUCUAAAGCCAUGAACUCCAUCAAGACCCGAAGGAGAGUGGUGCUCACCGGCACACCGCUGCAGAACAACCUCAUAGAGUACCACUGCAUGGUGAACUUCAUCAAGGAGAACCUGCUGGGGUCAGUGAAGGAGUUCAGGAACCGCUUCGUCAACCCCAUCCAGAACGGGCAGGCAGCGGACUCCACAGACCAGGAUGUACGGAUCAUGAAGAAGAGGGCUCACAUCCUCUACGAGAUGCUCAAUGGAUGUGUUCAGAGAAGAGACUACUCUGCCCUGACCAAGUUCCUGCCUCCUAAACACGAGUACGUUGUGUCCGUCAGAGUCACGCCCAUCCAGUGUACUCUAUACCGACACUACCUGGAGCACUUAACAGGUACGGGGAACGUGGUGGAGGGGGGUCGGGGUCGAGCCGGGACCAAACUCUUCCAGGACUUCCAGAUGCUCAGUAGAAUCUGGACCCAUCCCUGGUGCCUGCAGCUGGACUACAUCAGCAAGGAAAACAAGGGGUACUUUGACGAGGACAGCAUGGAGGAGUUCAUCGCCUCGGAGACCGAGGAAUCUUCUUUAAGCAUGACCUCUGAGGACGAGAAACAGAAAAAGAAGAAGAAGCGGGGGAAGGCCAGGAAGAAGGACAGUGACUCAGACAGUGACGCUCUUGAGGUGAUAAAGGAGUGGAACACCAGCUCCAGAGGGGGAGACCCCUCCAGCCGCAACCGGGCGGAGCCACAGGAGGAAGUGCGUCCGGCCUCCAGCCCUGGCACCAGGAGUCCUGACUGGCACAAGGAGUUUGUUACGGAGGCUGACUCUGAGAUCCUGGAGCAUUCUGGGAAAAUGGUGCUGCUGUUUGAGAUCCUCCGCAUGGCCGAGGAGGUGGAGGACAAAAUUCUGGUGUUCAGUCAGUCUCUCAUCUCUCUGGACCUGAUUGAAGACUUCCUGGAGCUGUCUGGCCGAGCCAAAGAGGAGGAGAAACCCUCUCCCUACAAAGGUGAGGGGAAGUGGUUCCGGAACAUAGACUACUACCGUUUGGACGGCUCCACCAACGCCCUGAACCGGAAGAAGUGGGCAGAGGAGUUCAAUGACUCCAGCAAUGUCCGAGGUCGGUUGUUCCUGAUCUCGACCAGGGCUGGUUCUCUGGGCAUCAACCUGAUAGGAGCUAACAGGGUCAUCAUCUUCGACGCGUCCUGGAACCCGUCGUACGACAUCCAGAGUAUCUUCAGGCUCUACCGCUUCGGACAGCUCAAGACCUGCUACGUCUACCGAUUCCUGGCUCAGGGUACUAUGGAAGAGAAGAUCUAUGACCGCCAGGUCGCUAAACAGUCUCUGUCCUUCCGAGUGGUGGAUCAACAGCAGAUAGAGAGACAUUUCACCAUGAAUGAGCUGACGGAGCUCUACGCCUUUGAACCUGACCUUCUGGAUGAUCCCACUGGCAAGAAGAGCAAGAGGACCACGCCUAUGCUGCCAAAGGACCCCUUCCUAGCUGAGCUGCUCCACAGCAAUAAGGAGCAGAUUGUGGGCUAUCAUGAACAUGACUCCCUGCUGGAUCACAAGGAAGAGGAGGCUCUCAGCGAGGAGGACCGCAAAGCAGCCUGGGCCGAGUACGAGGCGGAGAAGAAGGGUCUGUCUCUGCGUGUGAACCAUGGAGCGUACGGAGGACAGAUGGACAUGGGAGGAGCUAACAGCUACUUCCCCUUCAACGUUGCCGCACUGGCCUCUAUGUCCAACCCUCAGCUGGAG